AUGGCUUGCAUGGAGAAGGCAGGACAUGCCAAGGAAGACCACAGCCAGUGGAUGGAGUACCACAUCUUGCUCCAACUUCAGGGCUGGGCCAAUGAUGAUGUCAACGUUGUCAGAAUCCUCGACUUUUUCACCUUCAGGGGUCACAACUGCCUCGUCAUGCAGCUCAUACCGAAAAGACGUCUGUUAAGUGCCAUUGAUUGCACGGCACCCCAGCACAUUGAGAUGACAAUGGUGAAACUCUUCACCAAGUCCAUCCUCAAAUUCCUCAUUCAUCUCCAUGCAAAGGGAAUCGUGCAUGGGGAUAUCCAGCCGAGGAACAUGUCGAUUAAAGAGCCUGGGGCAGGGACCAUCCGGAUGAUGAGUUUUGAAAACAGCUUUUUGGUGGGACGCCAACGUUCACAGAUUUUUGGUUCCCCUGCGUACCUUGCCCCAGAGGCAUACCUGGGCCACAUGUCAUCUUUCCCGGUUGACAUGUGGGGGCUGGGGUGUACAGUGGCCGAGUUGGCUACCGGGCGCAUCCUCUUUCCGGCCAUCAACAAACACGACCAGCUCCCGUGUUAUAUGGAGGUAUUGCCCACACAGCAGUAA